AUGUAUGCUGCGGAAGCCAGAUUCGGCAUUCGGUGUUCUACAACGAGAACGUACACACUGACAGGAGAGGUAACAAGGAAGGAAUAUGUAUGUUGUAAACAAGGGUAUGCGUUGACAAGCACUGUUAGUCGUAAGAGAAGACAGCGAGGUUGUACUCGAAGUGGUUGCAAGGCUAAACUUGCGAUAUGGAAGGUGAAAGACAAGAAUAAGUACAUUGUUGUAGGAUUCAAUGAGGUACACAACCAUGACAUGACCACAGUUGAUAAAGUCCAUCUAUUGAGAUCUCACCAUAACUUAACAGAGUCUAUAAAGGUCUAUAGUGCAGAUAUGAGCAAAGUUAAUAUUCUGGUAUAUAUACAGUUAAGCCUUCUUGAGGUGCAAGUAGGGGCAUUGGAAAACGCUGGGUUUGUUAAGAGAGAUGUCUAUAAUUAUCUAAGGGACGUGCGUGGAGAGGUGAUUGGCCAUGAUGCAGAGCUUCUUAAGGAGAAUUUUAUGGCUAUGCAAGAAAAGAAUGAAUCCUUUUAUUUCAAGAUGGAGGUAGAUUCGGAAGGAAGGAUGGGUAAUGUUUUCUGGUCAGAUGCAAGGUCAAGACGAGCUUACGGGUUUUUUUUUGGAGAUGUGGUAGUAUUUGAUACGACGUUCAACAUGAACCACUAUGGGAUGGGCUUUGUGCCUUUGUUAGGCAUUAAUAACCAUCGGCAUACAGUGUUGUUUGGUUGUGCAUUCCUAAUUAGUGAAACCACGGAUUCAUUUGUAUGGUUGUUAGAGGAAUUCAAGAAAGCCAUGCCGGGUGAGCCACCCAAAAUGAUCAUCACUGAUCAAGAUGCAACCAUGUCAAAGGCAAUUACUGUAACUCUCCCGAUAACAUUCCAUAGAUAUUGCAUAUGGCAUAUCUUGAAUAAGAUUACAGAGAAACCCGGCAUUGGAGAAUGUUUUUCUGAAAUGUGCAAAUGCAUAUGGGGUAUGGACAAGAAAGAAGAAUUUGAUGCGAAAGGGGAGGAAAUUAUCACAAACAAUGGGCUGCAAGACCAUGCGUGGCUGAGCUCAAUUCAUGCUAUGCGGGAGAAUUGGGUUCCAUCAUAUGUAAAACAUGUGUUUUCGGCUGGGAUGUCAAGUAGUCAACGGGCCGAAAGCUGUCAUUCAUUUUUCAAACAAUAUAUUAACCAGAAAAACACAUUGAUGGAAUUCAUUGUACGUUUUGAGAGAGCUCUUGCUUCACAAUGA